AUGUCCUUUUCAUUCGGCACUCCAUCGAGUGCUCCUGCAACAACCGGACUCACGGGAGGCUUCAAUUUUGGCGCUAACAAGCCUGCGACUCCUGCGUUUGGUUUGACGGCAACGUCACAGCCGUCGGGUCUGUUUGGAAAUACGUCGUCGACUGAAACUCCGGCGUUUGGAAGUGCUGCACCUGCCUUUGGUGCUACAUCCACUGCUCCAGCGUUUGGAGCAACUACAACGCCGGCGUUUGGGGCGACUACAACUCCAGCAUUCGGAUCUACAGCGCCCCCAGCGUUUGGGUCGACCACUACGCCUGCAUUCGGGGCUGCUGCACCAGCAUUUGGUUCUACAACUCCAGCAUUUGGUGCUACAUCAGCAGCACCUGCUUUUGGUACGACUACUCCAGCGUUCGGUGCUACAUCUGCUGCACCGGCUUUUGGAGCCACAACUACACCUGCAUUUGGAGCUAGUGCAGCCCCCUCAUUUGGUACUACUACUCCAGCAUUUGGUAGCACUGGUUUAGGCACUGGUGGCCUCAAUUUUGGUGCCGGUUCCAAUACUGCCACUACUAGUUCAGGUCUAUCAUUUGGCACCCCUGCAACUUCUGCUAGCACGGGCCUAGGAGGGCUUGGAAACUUUGGUUUUGGCAGCACCACCUCAACUCAAAGCGUUGGGUUUGGCUUUGGAUCUACAAGCACAGCUACAACCACAACAAGCUUAUUAGGCUCUAAAUUGGGUACAACUAGUGUGACUGGCACACAGCCAUCUAUUUCAGCAGGACCAAGUUUCGGGCUGGGCGGAGUUGCCACUAGCAGUAGUGGCAUUGGUGCUGCAAAUACAACGACAGAUUCUAAAAGUGAACCACCAAAGCAGAAUAAAUUGCCAAAUGAAAUCUCGACCACAGUGGAGUCAUUCAAAGAGUUCGUUAAGAAACAGAAGUCACUUAGCUCUGAAGUUAUGAGGGUGUCUGUUAAACCAUUGCAUAAGGUAUCCCGCGAGGCGGAGGCUCGCCUUCGUGCGGCCGUGUCGCAGUCGGGCGAGGUGUCGCGCGCGCGCGCCCAGUCGCGCCGCCUGCGGGCCGCCGCCGCCGCCGCGCUGGCCGCCGCAGAGACUGCUGCCAGGGACUAUACCGUGCCCGGUUCAGAGCUAGAAGGCACGGCUCCACCAGCAUAUGUGAAGGAUUUAAUAGCAGAAUUGGAACAACAACUCAUCACAUUCCGCAGACAAAUGGAUGUGGCUGACAAACAGAUGCAGUCAUCUCCUAAACUACUCACUGAGCAGGAACUAACUAUGGGCAUCAGAAGAAUGCACGAGUCUCUAGUGGCAUUGGCUGGACGACUGCAAGCCGUGCAUACUCAAGUAGAAGCACAGAAAGAACAAUAUCUUAACUUAAGAAAAUAUAUACUCAAGGAUCCAACUAAUGUCUUUGAUGAGCCAUCACCGAGCACAAGUUUGGAUCAGAUCCUACGGGAUGCGGAGACUAACAGGAAGAAGAUGAAGUCUGGCGCGUUGCCUGACAUCACACAGGGCAGUGCUGUGCUCUCAGACCCCAGGGUCGCCUUAGGUAAUCUGCAACAUUUGGCUGGUCCAACACCGUUUUCUUACGUCGGAAGUGCAAUGUCGCCAUUUCCUUCUAUCGAUGCCAGUGGUCCCUCGUGGCAGCCCCAGUCCCAGCCGGCUCUGAACACUUCACUGAACACUAGCUUUGGACUCCCGCAAGCAGACACUUCCGCAGGGUUCCAGCUGCAGAAGCCACCCGGCAAACGAGGCAAGCAAUGA